AUGAGUGAGAAGGCAAGAGAUCAAAAGCAGUUUGAAGACGCCACAACAUCUCACACUGAAGGCCUCGGACUUGCAGGGGAAGCAAAGCAUGCGUCUGACUCAGAACAUCAGAUGACCUUGGCCAAAGCCAUCAAGUUAUAUCCGCAUGCCAUUGGCUGGUCAGUUCUACUGUCGUCAACGUUGAUUAUGGAAGGCUACGACCUUGCACUUCUUGGAAGUCUCUAUGCCAACCCGGAAUUCAACAAGAAAUAUGGAGUAUACAAUCCCGCCACCGAAAAGUGGGCGGUAUCAGCAGCAUGGCAAUCUGGACUCUCAAACGGUGCGCGUGCAGGAGAGAUCUUUGGGCUGCUCUUUGCUGGCUGGACCUCAGACAGAUAUGGUUAUAAGACUACAACGAUCGGCUCGCUUGUCUUGAUGAUAUGCUUCAUCUUUGUUCUCUUUUUUGCGCCGAACCUGAAAGUCCUGGUGGUCGGAGAGAUCCUGUGUGGCAUCCCAUGGGGCGCUUUCCAAUCUGUAACACCUGCAUACGCAUCCGAGGUGGCUCCGACUGUUCUGCGACCGUACCUGACGACUUUCAUCAAUCUCUGUUGGGUCAUCGGGCAAUUCUUUGCUGCCGCAGUCAAUCGAGGCUCGGUAAAUCGAACCGAUCAAUGGGCGUAUCGGAUUCCAUUCGGUGUCCAAUGGGUGUGGCCAAUCCCCAUUCUUGCCGGACUCAUUUUCGCUCCCGAAAGCCCCUGGUGGCAUAUUCGCCAUGGAAACCGCGCUGCUGCAAAGCAUUCGCUGUUGAGAUUAACCUCAAAGAACCAGCCGAACUUCAACCCCGAUGAAACAAUCGCUCUCAUUGAGCAUACCAACGAAAUGGAAAAAUCCAUGCAGGAGGGAGUAUCCUACCGCGAUUGUUUCAAGGGCGUCGACCUGCGAAGAACCGAAGUCGUCGUGGGUAUUUGGCUUGUCCAGACUCUUGGUGGACAGAAUCUGAUGGGGUAUUUCUCCUACUUCCUUGUACAAGCGGGGAUGGAUUCAACCAACUCCUUCUCCCUGUCCAUGGCGAAUUCUGCUGUUGGCAUUGUGGGCACGAUUGGUUCCUGGUUCUUGAUGAGCAGGGUUGGGCGUCGCACGAUCCACUUCAGCGGGCUGUGCGGACAGCUAACAAUCUUGGUAAUUGUUGGGAGUCUCUCAUUUGCAUCUUCAAGCAGCGCCGAAUGGGCGAUCGGUGCUAUGCUGAUCGUCUUUACUUUCAUCUACGAUUUCACAGUCGGCCCGGUGACCUAUUCCUUGGUUUCCGAGUUGUCUUCGACCCGAUUGAAAGCGAAGACAAUUGUGUUGGCCAGAGCAGCUUACAAUGCAAGCAAUAUAUUCGUCAACGUCAUGACGAAUUAUCAGCUUAGCUCCGCCGCAUGGAACUGGAGCAGUCGAGCUGCAUUUUUCUGGGCAGGGAGCUGCCUGCUUUCCGCAAUUUGGGUGUACUUUCGCUUGCCGGAGCCUAAAGGAAGAACCUACGCCGAAUUGGACCUCCUAUUCCAGCGAGGUAUCUCUGCUCGCAAAUUUGCCUCGACAGAGAUAGAUCCAUAUUCCGAAACUACCAUUGGCUCGCACAAGAAGUCUGUUGGCACGGAUGAGAUUGAUUUGGCUGAUGAGAAACGAUGA